AUGAGUGACGGGUUCUCAUUGAAAUUCCGUCGUCCUUCAAGCAAGCUGCAGAAGGAGUCCCCUAGCUUCGGUUCACGCAUUCUUCGGAGUCACCAAAGCGCAACUUCCUUGAAACGUCAUCCCUCCGCCCCCGUCUACCCGCGCUCCUCUUCCAACAGCAGCCGCGAACACACCCGCACUCGAUCGAACGCUGCUGCUGUCUACGGCUCGUCUUCAUCAUCGCUUGAGCAACAUAGCGACGGUCCGUCACCGGUACAGAACGACCAUUCGUUUUUCCCCAGCUACAGCUCCCGCGCCCGCCAGAAUCGCUUCUCCUACGAUCAGCACAAUUCGGAUGAAUUAACGACAACCCCCUUCGAGACCCGGGGCAUGCUUAGUGCCUUGGAUGAGAAUAGCGCAGAAACAACUGACUCCCUGGCUCCACCUCAUAAUCCUCCACCUUUGCACUCCCAGCAGUCCAGUCCGAUCAGCCCAGACCCACGACACCGCUCCUUCCUCCGACAAUCCGCGAGUUUCACCACCCUGCCCACCCGGAUGGAUCCCUUCGCACAUCGGGAGACUGAGCGGCCUGCAAACUCCAAGCGCCAUUCCGAUGAGGGGAGUGGCCACACUCGGGGCGGGAGAAGCAAAAAGGCCAGCUUCUCCAGUUUCAUGAAUAGCAUGCUGGGCUCGCCCCGCAACAUCAAGAUCUCGUCCCCGGAGAACCCGGUUCACGUCACCCAUGUGGGAUAUGAUAAUCAGACUGGCCAGUUCACUGGCUUGCCCAAAGAGUGGCAGCGACUCUUGCAGGAGAAUGGUAUCUCGAAGAAGGAGCAGGAAGAACAUCCGCAGACCAUGAUGGACAUCAUGCGAUUCUACGAGAAAAACACCCGUGGCGACGACGAUGAAGUGUGGCACAAAUUCGACAACGCACACGGGAAGGAUAACGGGCGACCACCCUCGCCGCCGGGAAGUCCUCGUUUCCCCCAAAAUCACGAAGGUAGCUUUGAGAACCCCCGGUCGCCGCCUCCAGUUCCGAAGGGACCACCCGGAGGAGCGCCGCCCCCGGCAUCAUUGACGUCCGCCGCUGUCUCCCCGCCGUUGGGCAGCCUCAUUCCGCAUCGAGCCCCUCCAAAGCCUCCCGGCAUGACACCCGCGCGGCCCCCGCCACAGCCUCCUACCUCCCAUGGACCGGCCCCCCAGCGAUUGCCAGAAGCCUAUGGAAUGGGGACACCGCCCAUCCCCGAAACAGCACCGCUGCCCAUCGACCCACGGGGACCCUCUGGUUCACGCAAUGGCGUACAGACACAGGAAUCAAAUAAGGUAGCUUCUCCGACGCAGUAUCAACGACAGCAGGAGCAAGUCAUGGCAGCUGCUCAGGAAGCGAUCGCAUCCAAGAAGCUGGAUCGAAGUCCGAGCCAUCGCCAACCGCCGCAGGCACCUCAACUGGCGCCAAUUGCAACGAAUGUCCCUCAGAGCUCUGCGGAACCUACUUCGGCUUCGGCCUCUCGAGCUCCCCCGGCAGCCAGGCCUCGUCAACAAAAGCGCCAGAGCAACGUUAUGGAUGUGAGGCAACGCCUACUGACAAUCUGUCACCCGGGCGAUCCUACUCAAAUAUAUUACAACCUCAACAAGGUUGGACAGGGUGCCUCUGGUGGUGUGUACACUGCUUAUGAGAAUGGUAACAACAAUUGCGUGGCCAUUAAACAGAUGAAUCUGGAUCUGCAACCCAAGAAGGAUUUGAUUAUCAAUGAGAUCCUUGUGAUGAAGGAUAGCAAGCACAGGAACAUUGUGAACUUCCUAGAGAGCUACCUUCAUGGCCUGGAUUUGUGGGUAGUCAUGGAAUAUAUGGAAGGUGGUAGUCUAACGGACGUGGUCACCUACAAUAUUAUGAGCGAGGGCCAGAUUGCAGCAGUAUGCCGGGAGACCUUGAAUGGACUCCAGCACCUGCACUCGAAAGGUGUUAUCCACCGUGAUAUCAAGUCUGAUAAUAUUCUUCUUUCGCUAGAGGGUAACAUCAAGCUGACCGAUUUUGGCUUCUGUGCGCAAAUCAACGAUUCGCAAAACAAGCGCAACACUAUGGUUGGCACACCUUACUGGAUGGCACCUGAAGUGGUCACCCGUAAGGAGUACGGUCGCAAGGUCGAUAUUUGGAGUUUAGGCAUCAUGGCCAUUGAGAUGAUUGAGGGCGAGCCACCAUAUCUGACCGAGUCCCCUCUGCGGGCACUUUACCUGAUCGCCACAAAUGGAACCCCGACCAUCAAAGAUGAACACAGCCUCUCAACAACCUUCCGUGACUUCCUGCACCUUGCCCUCAAGGUAGACCCGGAGAAGCGAGCGUCAGCCCACGAUCUUCUUAAGCAUCCUUUCAUGUCCAUCUGCUCGCCACUUACGCAUCUGGCUCCUCUGGUCAAAGCCGCUCGCAUCAGCCGUGCUCAGGAGAAAGCGCAGAAGGGCAGUGCCUAG